AUGGCUGAGCAGGACCCGGGCACGGGCUGCCCACGUGGGAAGAAGGAGCUGCCAGCCUUCACGUGGCAGGUGAGGGCCAACGACCGACGGUACCACUCACAGUCCAAGAAGAAAUUUGCCUUCUGCCUGAGCAGGAAGAAGUACAGGGGCAAUGCCAUCAAAACAGCCAAGUACAACCUGCUCACCUUCCUGCCCCUGAACCUCUACGAGCAGUUCCACAGGAUGGCCAACGUCUACUUCGUCUUCGUCAUCCUCCUGCAGACCUUCCCCGAGAUCUCCACGGUGCCCUGGUACACUCUGCUGUUCCCCCUGAGCUGCCUCCUCGUCAUCCGGGGCCUGCGGGACCUGAUCGAUGACAUUGGCCGUCACCAAAGCGACAGGAGCAUCAACAGCAGGCCCUGUGAAAUCCUCUGUGGGAAGAGGUUCCAGCGGCAGAAGUGGCGCCACAUCCGCGUCGGGGACAUCGUCCGGCUGCGCAAGGACAGCGUGGUCCCGGCUGACGUGCUCCUGCUGUGCAGCUCCGAGCCCAGCAGCCUGUGCUACGUGGAGACAGCGGACAUCGACGGGGAAACAAACCUGAAGUUCAGGCAAGCCCUUCUGGUCACCCACCAGGAGCUGGGGAGCGAGGAGAGCAUGGCUGCCUUUGAUGGGAGGGUGACCUGUGAGGAGCCCAACAGCCGCAUGCACAGCUUCACGGGCACCCUGGAGUGGAGGGGACAGACCCACUCCCUGGACAGCGAGAGGAUCCUGCUGAGGGGCUGCAGGAUCCGCAACACCGACGUCUGCUACGGGCUGGUGAUCUACGCUGGAUUUGAUUCCAAAAUCAUGAGGAACUGCGGGAAGAUCAAGCAGAAGAAAACCAAGCUGGACCGCAUGAUGGACCGGCUGGUGGUCGUGAUCUUCCUGCUGCUGUUGGUCACAUCCCUCGGCCUCGCCGUUGCCUCUGGGUUCUGGGCCCGGACGUUCCAGGAGAAGCACAGCUACCUGGCUGCUGUCUACAGGAACACCAGCCCUGCCCAGCAGGCCUUCCUCACCUUCUGGGGCUUCACCAUCCUCCUGAGCGUCAUCAUUCCCAUGUCCAUGUACAUCACGCUGGAAUUCAUCUACCUGGUGAACAGCUUCUUUAUCAACUGGGACCUGGAGAUGUAUUAUGCUGUGAAGGACAUCCCAGCCAAGGCCAGGAGCACCAGCCUCAACGACCAGCUGGGCCAGAUCGAGUACAUCUUCUCCGACAAGACCGGCACCCUGACACAGAACAUCAUGACCUUCAAGAAGUGCUGUGUCAACGGCACCAUCUACGGUCCAGGCCCAGGCCAUGAGAACAAACCAGGGUCGGGGUCGGCCUGGGACCACCACGGGGAGCAGAAGGUGGAUGUGAUGCUGUUGGAAGCCGCCCAGAGGGACAGUGACCCCGUGCUGAGGGAGUUCCUGAGGCUGCUGGCCCUGUGCCACACGGUCAUGGUGGAGGAGAGGGGCGGCCAGCUGGUUUACCAGGCAGCCUCCCCCGAUGAGGAAGCCCUGGUGUUGGCAGCCAGGAGCUUGGGGUACGUGUUUCUGGCCCGAACACAGGACACCAUCACCAUCAGUGAGCUGGGGAGGACGAGGACCUACCAAGUGCUGGCCAUGCUGGACUUCAACAGCGACCGCAAGAGGAUGUCUGUCCUGGUGCGAGACCCCCAGGGCAGCAUCCGGCUGUACACCAAGGGAGCCGACACCGUCAUCCUGGAGCGGCUGCGGAGACGGGGCCGCAGCGAGGCCUUCACCGAGAGGGCCCUGGAUCUCUUCGCAGAGGAGACCCUGAGGACGCUGUGCCUGGCCAGCAAGGAGGUGAGCGAGGCCGAGUACCAGGAGUGGGGCAGGAGGCACCACGAGGCCGCUGUGCUGCUGCAGGGCCGUGCCCAGGAGCUGGACAGGCUGUACGAGGAGAUGGAGCAGAACCUGCAGCUGCUCGGGGCCACGGCCAUCGAGGACAAGCUGCAGGAUGGAGUCCCUGAGACCAUCCAGCUGCUGAAACUGGGCAACAUCAAGGUGUGGGUGCUGACAGGAGACAAACGAGAGACUGCCACGAACAUCGGCUACGCCUGCAGACUGCUGACGGACGACACCGAGAUCCUGGAGGAGAAGGAGAUCAGUGAGAUCCUCCAGGCUUACUGGGCGAGCAACAACAACCUCAGUGGCAGUGGGGAAGCCCCAGGCAGCAGCCCCCUGUCCCAGCAGUGCCCAGAGGCUUCGUGCCACAGAAGGAGAGCCAUCAUCAUCAGCGGGGACUUCCUGGACAAAAUCCUGCACACGGGAGAGGUGCUGAAGGAGAAGAAGGGGUGGCCGUGGCGGUGGCUGCCCCGUGGCAGGACUGUGGGCUCCCAGGAGCAGGGGAGCCUGGUGGAGAAGGCCUUUGUGGACUUGGCCACCAGCUGCCAGGCAGUGAUCUGCUGCAGGGUGACCCCCAAGCAGAAGGCCCUCAUCGUGCAGCUGGUGAAGAAGCACAAGAAGGCCGUCACCCUGGCCAUUGGGGAUGGGGCCAACGACGUCAACAUGAUCAAAACUGUGGACAUCGUGGUGAGGAUCAGCAGGGAAAUCAAACCCUCAGCUCCCCAAAACCCUCCCCACGUGCAUUUUGCCCUCUCAGCUGUGGAUAUCAGGCCAGAUGCCAGCUGGAAUGCCUUCACUGACCCCUAUGUCCUGCUGGUGGUCCUGCUGUCCCUGGUGGUGAACACCCUCCCCUCACUCACCGUCCACGCGUUCCGUGCCACCGUGGGCAAAGCCACCACCCAGCAGAAGAUCCACUUGAAGGCCAAGAAGGAGCCGGAGCCCUCGGUGGAGCUGAAGGCCCACGUCCCUCGGGGCUCCUUCUGCCGCCGCUCCAGCUACGCCUUCUCCCACCAGGAGGGCUACGCUGGGCUCAUCACCAGGGGGGACAGCCUGAGGGUCAGGGCCAGCCCUGGGGACAGCCUGCAAGCCAAGGCCAGCCCUGGGGACAGCCUGAAGGCCAGGGCCACCCGCAGCACCAUCCCAGAGGGGACCCUGGCCAUGUCACCCCCCCCCAGCCCCUCGGUGUAG